AAACUCAAGUUCCCAACCAGCCGAGCUCUCUGCACGUGCGUCCGCUGCCCAACAGCAUCAUCAUGAGCUGGACGCCGCCGCUGAACCCCAACAUCCUCGUGCGCGGCUACAUCAUCGGCUACGGAGUGGGCAGCCCAUACGCCGAGACCGUGAGAGUGGACAGCAAGCAGCGCUACUACUCCAUCGAGAACUUAGAGCCCAGCUCUCAUUACGUCAUCUCUCUGAAGGCCUUCAAUAACGCAGGUGAAGGAGUUCCUCUGUACGAGAGCGCCGUCACCAGAUCCAUGUCAGGUGGGUCACCGGAGCAUCUCACGUCUGUUUAG